AUGAGUUCACCAGUUAAACUGGGUAAGAUGGUCAGUAGUGAUGAGUUGGGAGUUUCUCUUCAUGAUGCAGCUAGAAAUGGUAACAAAAAGGCUCUGAAAAGAUCUUUGCAACAAGGAAUAUGUGUUGAUUAUCCAAAUGAUGAAGGACAAUCACCACUAUUUUGUGCCUGCCAUGCCAAUCAAGAAGGAACUGCUAAACUUCUAUUAGAAAGAGGUGCAAAUCCCAAUGAGAAAACUAAUAAUGGCCAAACUCCUGUAUUAAUGGCCUGUUUCCGUGGUAAUAUGAACUUAUUAUGUCGAUUGAUAGAAGCUGGUGGAGAUUUAAGAUAUCACGAUAAUAAUGGAAGAAGCUGUCAAGAUUGGGCACUUAUGUGUGGUAUCCCAACCAAGAGAUCAAAAAUGUUAGAGUUUUUAAAUAAAUCCCAAGUACAUGCCAUGACUUAUGGUAAAAAACAGGUCAAAUUUCAAGAUGAUGGACGACCAGAUAGAAAUAGAACCUUAUUGAGAAUACCAGAUUCUUUAAUGGAUAUGAUACGUAAAAAAGUUGGUGCCAGUCCAUUAAAUAGUAAUAGUAGUUUAAGAAAAGUAGAAAGUAAAGGAUUUGGAAGGGUAUAUACUAGUGGUAAAGAUAAUGGUUUAGUCUCUGUUACACCUCUUAUACAAGAAUCAGCCUUACUAUAUGAUAAUUAUGGUGUCAGUUUUGAUAAUGGUGCUUUUAUGUUCAUGGAAAGCUCAUUUUGGAAUAGAACUCCUGUUACCAUUAAAAAGUUACAGAAAUCUACACAGCCUGGAGGUUUCAUAGACUUACUUAUAACAGAAUCUGAAACAUUAGGCAAACUACAUCAUCCUAAUAUUUUAUUAUUAAUGGGUGUAUGUCAAACUACUACAUUAGAUACUAUGAUGUUAAUAUUUGAAAGAGUUAAUGUUGGUUCCUUGUAUUAUUAUCUACAUGCCAGGCUUGAAAGAUUACCAACACAGAAUAUUCGUGAUAUAGUACUACAGAUUUGUGAUGGUAUGAUAUUUUUACAUCAACAUGAUAUCAUCCAUUGUAAUUUAUCAUCUCAUGCUAUCUUCUUAGUUAAUCCAUAUUCAGCUAAAAUUGGUAAUUUUGAAUAUGCUAUGGACAGUGAAAAAGCUAAUCUUGGUAAAUUAAGUGAGGCAUUCCAUAUUAAAUAUCAGAAUGCUCUAUAUAAUUGGAUGGCGCCAGAAAUAAUGGAACAGAGUGAAACAGGAUUUUAUAGUGAUGUAUAUAGUUAUUCAUGUAUUAUUUGGGAAAUUUUUGUUGGUGAGGUACCAUGGGAUUUGAAAGAUGCUGGUUAUAUUAAACAUAAAUUAUUAGUUGAAAGACAGAGCUUAUUAAAGGAACAUGAUAAGAUACCUGUAUUAUUUCGUACUAUUAUUGAGAAUGGUCUAGAAUUGGAAUAUAAUUACAGAACAUUAGAUUUUGAUAUUAUCAGGACAUGGUUAAUGGCGCCACCAGACUCAAAACCAGUCAUGCCUCCAAAAUAUACUCAUCAUGUAGAAGGAUCAGCACCACGGUUAGAAAUUGACGAUGUUGACGGUUUUCAACCACAAACUAGUAGACGUACUGGUACUAGUAGACCAGAACGCUCGCCUAAACGUCAACCUAAACUACCGCGUAAUAACUCAGCAGCAGCUCCAUCACAUCAUCAGAGAUCCUAUAGUUAUAAUGAAAAUAAUCAUAGAGAAUCUAGAAGAAGAUCUGGACACUGGACAGAAGAUGAUGAUGUAGAUAAUGGAUGUUCUACAUACCAACAAGAAAAAUUUGAUUAUUUUCAAUAUGAGAAACAUGCUAAAUCUCCUGGUAAAAGAUCAUUACCUGGUCACUUUACUAGAAAGAUGGAUGAUAUAGAAUUUGACAUCAAUAAAACUGUAGAUGGUCAUACUACAGGUUAUCAUGUUAAAGUAAGAUCACCUACCAGUCGACGUAAACAUCAUCAACACCGUCAACAACCUUAUAAUUAUCAUGAUGAUCACAAUGAUUAUCCUAAAGAUACAACUCAGAAUGAAACCUCUAGUUAUGAUGAUGAUCGAUCCUCCAAUAAAAGAACGUUCAUACCAUCAGAUAACAGACGAACAGACAACACUUCACCAUCUCAAUUCAGUUAUCUUGCCCUUAAUGAAAGACUUGGUGGUUUUGGUGGUGGUGCUAUAGCUAAACCAGCUAGUCAUAUAACAGAUGGACGAACAGCUACCAACACAGACUGUAUACAGUUAUCAACAGCUGGUAGUUUAUAUGCGCUAUAUAAUGCCAGUUACGAUGCAGAUCAUGGGCAUGAAGAACAUAUUUCACCUACUAAGAAACCAAACUAUUUUAUCCGAUCUAGAAAACAUUCUGAUUUCAACGGUAAAUCAUCAUCAGAAAAUAGAAAGCGUUAUAUUAAUGAUCCUCAAUGGUAUGGAGGUCAAGGAAGUGUUAAAAAUCUUGUUUCUUAUUAUCAACAUCAUACUGAUGAACAUGCUUUUAAUCAGUCAGUUUUAGAUGGUCAACUAGCUUCUGGUAGUAAAGAUAAUAGAAAAACCUUGAACAACAGUGCUUCUAGUUUGCCACCAAUGUAUCCAAGGUCAGCUAGUAAAUCACCAGAUAUCAAACCUAAAAAUAUGAAAGCACAAUCUUUAAAGACUAGUAAAGAUGUGAGAACAUCACCUAUAUAUAGUUUAUAUAAACAAGAUGAUAAUAAAACAGAUGAUUAUGGUAAUGAUGAUAAUGAUAGUCAAUCUAGUUUAACAACAUUAUCUACAGCUUGUAGCACUGAUCACCAAAAUAGUUGA